AUAUUAAUGAUUGUUAUCGAAGCCCUUGUGAAAACAAAGGAACAUGUAUUGACGGUGUGAAUAGCUACACUUGUGCUUGCGUUCCUGGCUUUGAAGGAAAGAACUGUACCAUCGGUAAGCUUUUAAGGUGCCGCGGAGCAAAUUUUCGUCCGAUAGAGCACAAUAAAAGUCGGAAAAAACUGCACCAAUUGUACACUGUAAGCUCUGUAACAAUUUUCAUAAACAUAUUAUUAAUUCAUCAGCCAAUGAGAAUGUUUUCAAGAAGCAACAGAGCUCAUUUACUUUCGAAAGAGCACCGUAAAAGUGUUUGCUUUUUGGUAUUUCAUCAGAUAUUGAUGACUGUUAUCCCAGCCCGUGUGAAAACCACGGUACUUGUGUUGACGGAGUGAACAACUACACUUGCGUUUGCCUACCUGGCUUUGAAGGAAAGACCUGCGCCAUCGGUAAGUUGUUAAACAACAUUAAUAAACACCCGUUUCAGUUUAUUAGUCAACGGGAACGUUUUGAAGAUGGAUUGGAAUACAUUUACAUUCGAUAGACCAGCGAAAUUCGUCUUUAUCGUAUAAAUCCUGUUUUCGUCGUUAUGGUCGUUGUUUAUUUCAGACACUAAUGACUGUGAUCUUUACAAUGCAACACGCAUAGAUGAUGUGAAUAACUAUACUUGCGCAUGCCCACCUGGCUUUCAAGGGAGGAACUGCAGCAUCAUAAGUUUUUUUUUACGAAGGAAACUGUAGAACGUGUUUUUAAGUUAAAGUGUAAAUUUGGACGGAAUGAUUUCCGUCAUUCAUUUGAAAACCUUCUCCCAUCCUUCACACCAUUUUACUAUGACGGUUUUUUUAUGCACGAUUGCUAUUGCUGUAGUGCAAUAUAAAUUCCGGAGGAGGCAGAAUACGUUUCGUGGUAACGUUUUUGUUGGUCCGUUCAGAAUUACUAUCCUUCAAAAAUCUCGUUAAUUAUUCUGCAUCCAUGAUUGGGUUUUUGACGCAGGGUAACAAUAACUGAUCGAACGUUUUUCCAGCAAAGGAAAGUGAAUUAUUGCAUCUUUUAAGAUGGCUUGAUAGGGUUUUUCUAGCAGUCGGCUAGAGCUAUCCCCAUGACCUUUCACACACGUUUAAAAAAUACUGAAACUAGCAUGAGUUGAAAUUGUAUUUCAAAGCCCGUCGUUUUCCACAUACGACGACCGAAUAUCAAUAUUGUCUAGUUUUUAUCGUGUUUUUAACCAUAAAAACUGCACCCGAAAUUAAUAUGACUCGAUAACGCUCUUACAGAUUUCGCUUAAACUUCACGAACAUCGAGGAGAAAAACGUUACCGUAAACAAUUUUGGAAGACCAGUUUCCAGUGCCUAGAAGUAAGGCUGUAAGUGUAGUUCUAAUUUUCAAUUUGUGGAUGACAAAAUCUCUUCUAUGUUGAUUCUCGGUACCCUUUGAGGUGGACAGAGAUUACAGACCAGAGCAAAUCUAUGUUUACUCUACCUGCAAAAGAAAUAGUUCAGUUCUCCACAUUAUGUUACCAUGAAACUUAUAAAACUGUAGAAACCAGAAGUAUUUCCGGAAUGUUAUUUUGUUGCAAGACAAGAGCUAAUCAGGCGUGGGAAAACUAAACGACAGAAAGGAACAGUAGUUCGUUGUUUUUCGCCUAGUACUGUUCUUCGCUGUGAUUGGUCAUAAGGCAAUAAAAAUUCCUAAAAUAUUUCAGGUGUUGAAGGAUUUAUUACUUUAACAAUAAUUCUUUAAACUUUUAUCACAGUCAAACCUGCCCAGUGUGAGCAUGACCAGUUUAGAUGCAAAAAUGGCGAGUGCAUAGAAGCCAGCCUUGUAUGUGAUGGUGUUCCAAAUUGUCUAGAUUAUUCGGACGAAGAAGGCCCCCUUGCCGACUGCGGUAAGUGACCACCAAUUCGACUCUCUCUAGACUAAGACCAAUCACUUUCAUUUCAAUAAAUAUCUGGUAACGCUUUCCUUCUUCAUCAAAAUAUGUUUGUAUUCUCGUAUUUCCCAUCUGCCAUCUGAACAACAGAUGAUAAAUUAAUUGGAAAAAAAUGGAAAAUCAUGGAAUCUGCAGCUAAAGUUCUUCCUUCUUGGGCUGUGUGGUGGGUGGGAGAACCCCUGGGUGAAUAGAUGUACUGAUUUAUCAUAAUUAUUUAUCCUAAGUAUCCAGCCUGCCCUGCCUAAACCAUUCACAUCUCACAUUCUCAAUGAAUCAUUCUGGUGAUAUUGUCGUGUCUCUUCUUAUCCUUUUUUGCGCAAGUUUGCUGCACUCACUAAUGAUAUGGGUGACACUUUCACCUUUAUGUGGCACAUUCUACACUCUUGUCUACACGAUAAUUCGUCCUCAAAGCUUGUUCUUGGGUCGCACUCGAGAACUUCAGUGUUGAAUUCCAUGUUCCGUUGAUUUCAAAACCCUCUUUUUCCAAUUGCCUCAGCAACUGUCCAAGCAUUUUCUUUUCCCUCCAUUAUUUCACUUCUUCUUCUACUGCUUCCAAAUGUACCACUCCAGAUGUUUUCACUGUCUUCAGCAACUGCCCCCCAUCCAACACUGAUCUCCUCGCCCUGGAUACAUCUUAAGCAACUUAACCCCCCCUCCCCUCCCCAUCUUUUCCUCUUGGCAUCAGUAUAAAGACUGUUAAUAUCACUCUUACGGUGAAGUGCACCAUACAUGGUCAUCACCUUCCCAGUUUUUCCGUCCAACUCCUCUGUUGUCCACUUUAGAACUCCUCCUCCGUACCGCAGCAUGGCAACCGCCCAUGUAUUGACUGCCAUGACCUUGUUUCUUCCGUGAAGUUUUGAGCUCAGAAUCAGCUUGACACGUCUCUUAUAUUCCUUCCUGAGCUGUCGUUUCAUUUCUUUGUCCUUCAUUUUAUCAAGGGCUAGAAUCCCAAGGUAUCUGUAUCCUCUUCAUUAUUAUCCCGCUAGAUUGUUGGAUAGCUCAUGUACUUCACAUAACAUUAUUAUUGUUAUUAUUAUUAUUGUUAUUGUUAAUGACUCAGACUCAGAUUUUACAGAUCGAAAACAUUAGAGCUCGCCCGAAUUAAUCUUACCACGAGGUCUUCUUCUUUUCCACUUGUUUCUUUUUAAUAACAGAGACGGAUAAUUUUCUUUUGUCAUGACUUAAUUUAGAACACUGGACUGCCUACAAGAGUUAUUGAUCGCACCUAAGCCGCAGGGAAUGUUUUAAUGUAUAAUGCUUUUAAAUUCUUUCUUUCCCCAAAUAUUUCUCUAAAUUAUGUACAUAUUUUCAAAGUUGAAUAAAAUUGUUUAUUAAUUAUUAAUAAUUAUCAUUAAUAUAGUAUCAUAGGUGACGAAAUACUCCUUAAUUUUGGCGCAUGUGAAAUUACAAAAUUGACCUGACAACCCUUCCGUACGUCUCAGUGUCAAGAUGGCGACGAAGUUUUAAAAUGCCGUGAAUGAACAUGUCAGGGCACAAAAAGACGCUUUAGAAAACCUGAACACACAAGAGAACAUCAAGAAGGAUUCUAACAGGUAUUUUGCCGAAAGAGUCUGAAAAAUUCUGAACUUUAUAAGCCAAAUUUAAGGUCUAAACAUUUGAGAGAGUGGAGUUCUCAAUCGACACGAUCCACGAUAAACAUGUCAAGAAUCCAAGAUUGCUAACGUAAUUCGUCACCCAUGAUAUUAAUAGGUAAUCAAAUGGUAUACUCGUGAAAUUAAGGGAAUAAUUUCACUUGCGUUUUGUCCAAAUCCUAAUAAUUUCCCUCGCCUUUAAAGGCUCGGGAAAUUAUUAGGAUUUGGACAAAACGCGCGUGAAAUUAUUCCCUAAUUUCACUCGUCUUCAUUUGAUUACACAUUCUAAUUCGUAUUAUUAUUAUGAUUUUAUUCAACUUUACAAAUAUGUACAUAUAAUUUACAGAAAUAUUUGAAGUAAGAAUAAAGCACCAUAUAACAUUAAGAAUUAUAUAAAUCAUAAAAAAUACACUGUGUCAAUAACGAUUUCCCAAAUACAUUCCUUGCGGCUUAGAUGCGAUCAAUAACUCUUGCAGGCGGUCCAGAGUUUUAAAUUAAGUCCUCACAAAAGAGAAUCAUCCGUCUCUGAUAUUUAAAAGAAACAAGUUAAAAAGAAUAAAAUAUCGUAUUCCUAAAUUCCUAAUUCGUUUAAAAAAGUUCUUACAAAAAUAAAUAAAUAGAUAAUAAUAAUAAUAAUAAUAAUAAUAAUAAUAAUAAUCAAAGUAGUAGGGCUUCAGCAAAGAUAAGCCUCGUUGGUGUCUUCCCCUGUCUUCCCCUGUCUUCCCUUAAUUAAUAUGUGUAAGGGUCGAGUCAAUGACGUCACCCAUUGUUUUAUCCUAGAGAAAAAAGUGCCUUCCUGCAUACUAAUUAAGUGUCUUCCUCCAUAUAUAAUGAAGUGGAUAGGUUUACUAAUGAGCGUCACUCUACUACAAUAGGAACAAUAGGCUUGCCUAGACUUGCCCGGGAUCUUUUAACCCCAAUUGGAUAGUAAACAAUCUAUUAUGAGUUUAACAUAAAAGCGCGCUUUCCCUUCAGUAUUUCAUUCUCGCAAUCGCUUUACUAAGGAAAAAGUCUUACUAUCACCAAUAUUUUUCAAAACAUUGCUCCAAACAUGCAAGUCGAAUCGAGCUGUAAACUUGUCUGACUAUUACAGAACUGUUUUCUCCUUUCUAUCUCGAGGAAAUGAAAAAAUAUUGAAGUCUUGUCAUUUUCACGCACGGGUAAUCAGUUAAUUAUGCGAGUUCGCAAGCCCAAAGUUGAAUACAAAUUAGCUCUACAGGAAAGACCCAAGGGAGAGAUCCUUGACGUAUUAUUAUAAAACAAAUAACUUAACAAGGAUCAAUUAAAACACGCGACUCAUAAUUGCUGGCAAUAAAACCACAAGAGAGAUACCGUUUUGAAAACUUUAUUAAAAACCAGUGACAAAAAGAGUCAAAUACACAGUGAUUUGAAAGGAAAAGGAAUGAAAAUUAAUCCUUUGACUGACUAUUACACAUCAGUUUUUUUUUCCGUUCUAUUUCCAGGAAUAAUAAAUAAUCCUUCGGUGUCUACACAAUUUUCCUAUUGCCUCGAAGCCAAGAGUUCGACUUUCUUUGUUUCUUGCGCUUUGUCUUGUUCUUUGUAGUCGGUCUUUUAGCUUUUGCUUCAAAAGAGGCUUCAUUUCUCUGUGAUCUUGACAGUUCGCAGUACACCGUUUCUUGUGUCUGUACUGGAUUGCGAUAGUGAUUUUUUCCGGAAUGGGGUCGAUGUGGGGUCGAUGUGGGGUCAGCGAUUUGAAAGAAAUCUAUUAAAAUAGUCAAAGAAAGCAAGCUAUCAUUGUUUUUUUUUACCACGUUUCCCUCCUCUUCUUCCUCCUCCUCCUCAUUUUUGUUUUCCCUCCUCCUCCUCCUCCUCAUUUUUAUUGUUUUCCCUCCUCCUCCUCCUCAUUUUUAUCAUUUUCCCUCCUCCUCCUCCUCCUCCUCAUUUUUGUUUUCCCUCCUCCCUCCUCCUCCUCCUCCUCCUCCUCAUUUUUAUUAUUUUCCCUCCUCCUUCUCCUCCUCCUCAUUUUUAUCAUUUUCCCUCCUCCUCCUCCUCCUCCUCCUCCUCAUUUUUUUAUUUUUCCCUCCUCCUCCUCCUCCUCCUCAUUUUUAUCAUUUUCCCUCCUCCUCCUCCUCCUCCUGAUUUUUAUUAUUUUCCCUCCUCCUCCUCCUCCUCCUCCUCAUUUUUAUUGUUUUCCCUCCUCCUCCUCCUCAUUUUUAUUGUUUUCCCUCCUCCUCCUCCUCCUCCUCCUCCUCAUUUCUAUUGUUUUUCCUCCUCCUCCUCCUCCUCAUUUUUAUUGUUUUCCCUCCUCCUCCUCCUCCUCGUCAUGUUUAUCGUUUUUCCUCGAAAAGGCUAAAAUCAGACCAUCACAUUUGAGUUUGGCCUUAUAGGGCUGAUUUUAGCCUUUUCGAGGAAAAACGAUAAACAUGAGGAGGAGAAGGAGGAGGAGGAAAAACAAUAAAAAUGAGGAGGAGGAGGAGGAGGAGGGAAAAUGAUAAAAAUGAGGAGGAGGAGGAGGAGGAGGAGGAGGGAAAACAAUAAAAAUGAGGAGGAGGAGGAGGGAAAACAAUAACAAUGAGGAGGAGGAGGAGGGAAAACAAUAAAAAUGAGGAGGAGGAGGAGGAGGAGGAGGGAAAAUAAUAAAAAUGAGGAGGAGGAGGAGGGAAAAUAAAAAAAAUGAGGAGGAGGAGGAGGAGGGAGGAGGGAAAAAAAAAAUGAGGAGGAGGAGGAGGAGGGAAAAAAAUGAGGAGGAGGAGGAGGGAAAAAGAAAAAAAUGAGGAGGAGGAGGAGGGAAAAAAAAAAAAAUGAGGAGGAGGAGGAGGAGGAGGGAAAACAAAAAUGAGGAGGAGGAGGAAGAAGAGGAGGGAAACGUGGUAAAAAAAAAAAAGAUAGCUUGCUUUCUUUGACUAUUUUAAUAGAUUUCUUUCAAAUCGCUGACCCCACAUCGACCCCACAUCGACCCCAUUCCGGAAAAAAUCACUAUCGCAAUCCAGUACAGACACAAGAAACGGUGUACUGCGAACUGUCAAGAUCACAGAGAAAUGAAGCCUCUUUUGAAGCAAAAGCUAAAAGACCGGCUACAAAGAACAAGACAAAGCGCAAGAAACAAAGAAAGUCGAACUCUUGGCUUCGAGGCAAUAGGGAAAAUUGUGUAGACACCGAAGGAUUAUUUAUUAUUCCUGGAAAUAGAACGGAAAAAAACUGAUGUGUAAUAGUCAGUCAAAGGAUUAAUUUUCAUUCUUUUCCUUUCAAAUCACUGUGUAUUUGACUCUUUUUGUCACUGGUUUUUAAUAAAGUUUUCAAAACGGUAUCUCUCUUGUGGUUUUAUUGCCAGCAAUUAUGAGUCGCGUGUUUUAAUUGAUCCUUGUUAAGUUAUUUGUUUUAUAAUAAUACGUCAAGGAUCUCUCCCUUGGGUCUUUCCUGUAGAGCUAAUUUGUAUUCAACUUUGGGCUUGCGAACUCGCAUAAUUAACUGAUUACCCGUGCGUGAAAAUGACAAGACUUCAAUAUUUUUUCAUUUCCUCGAGAUAGAAAGGAGAAAACAGUUCUGUAAUAGUCAGACAAGUUUACAGCUCGAUUCGACUUGCAUGUUUGGAGCAAUGUUUUGAAAAAUAUUGGUGAUAGUAAGACUUUUUCCUUAGUAAAGCGAUUGCGAGAAUGAAAUACCGAAGGGAAAGCGCGCUUUUAUGUUAAACUCAUAAUAGAUUGUUUACUAUCCAAUUAGGGUUAAAAGAUCCCGGGCAAGUCUAGGCAAGCCUAUUGUUCCUAUUGUAGUAGAGUGACGCUCAUUAGUAAACCUAUCCACUUCAUUAUACAUGGAGGAAGACACUUAAUUAGUAUGGAGGAAGGCACUUUUUUCUCUAGGAUAAAACAAUGGGUGACGUCAUUGACUCGACCCUUACACAUAUUAAUUAAGGGAAGACAGGGGAAGACAGGGGAAGACACCAACGAGGCUUAUCUUUGCUGAAGCCCUACUACUAAUCAAUUAGUUAAUUCGGGCAGGCUCUAAUAAUUUCGAUCUGUACAUCUGAGUCGAUAAAGUCUAGCUGCCGUCUUCUGGAUCUUGAGCCUCUCAAGCAUAGUAUCGCAGAGCGUACGAUGGCGAAAGAUACUUUAGCUCUUCUCCAGGAAAUUGCGCUUGAGUAACUUUCUCCCUUCUUAUUUGCGAUCAGCUCCGCAAGUCUGUUGUGGUACUUGACACACUCAUCAUACUUGACCACACUCUGUGGUCCUGAAAACUUGGGGAGUAAACGUUCCCUGCAGGUUCGAUCUCCAGUACUCUUUCCGCAUACUGCCUCUUCUUCUCAUUCUCAUGCUUCUUGUAGAUUUGCGUAGGAGUCAAGUCUCUGUAAGAGUCUACAUUAGAGUGACACACCCGAACGUCGAAGAAUGCAGAUCUCUGUCUCUCCCAGAAACCUCGAGCAUGAAUAUCCAAACGGGCAUCACGGGCUUUGUUAGCGCCAUGAUUUAAUGUCUCCCCAGUGACCUCCUGAAGGACCGGUUCUACUUCCACGUCAUUACAGACCAUCCUUACCAUCUCUGCUUCCAAGUCGCGCAGUUCGUUAUGGCGCUGGAUAGUGAAUCCGCCACGCUGACACACCAUUGCUUGAUCCACGCUAAAUUGAACACCGCAUGCGCAGAUCAAGGGCGUGUCCGUUGUUUCCCAGUCGUAUUAUUAUUAUUAUUAUAAUUAUUAUUAUAAAAAAAAUGGUAAAAUCUUUAUUACAAAACCUCAAUUAAAAUCCUAUUUACUGUUACAAAAAAUCUAAUCAAUUCAUCAAAAGACUAUCUACAAUUCCUUCAUUAGAGAACAAAAACAAUCCUAUAUAUAAGAAGUGAAGAAAGAGAAAACUAUUCAUUUACAAAUUCUAAAAAAUAGAAGUAACUUAACCUUACAUAAAAGAAGAGGAAAUAAAUAUAAUCAAUAAUAAAAGUUAUUAUUAUUAUUAUUAUUAUUAUUAUUAUUAUUAUUAUUAUUAUUAUUAUUAUUAUUACCACCGCGCACGUAGAUUCUAUUACUUCACAGAGUUCCAUCAUGGUGUCAGGAGAAAGAUCUACGGAGGAGCUAAAGAGGCAUCAACAAUCACUUAAGAGAGCAAGUGCCAAAGUGAAAAUGGAUAGCAUUGAUUCAAGCCUCUCCCCAGGCCUGCUGCGUCUGGUUAAUCAAUCGAGGGACAAGGGCGCAAGUUCUUGGCUGAAUGCGAUGCCUCUCGCAGACAAAGGUUUAGCCCUCAACAAGCAAGAAUUCAGAGACUCGCUACGCUUGCGUUAUGACUUGCCCUUAGUCGAUUUACCAAGUCAUUGCAUAUGUGGGGAUAAAUUCACCGUUAGUCACGCCCUCUCUUGUAAAAAGGGGGGGUUUGUAGCGCAGAGACAUGACGGUGUACGGAACUUGUUAACGACAUUCAUCGACAAGAUCUGCAAUAAUGUCGAAAUCGAACCACGCCUCCAACCCCUGGACAACGAGCGAUUUCAUUUGAGGAGCGUUGUUACAAGUUCUGAGGCAAGAUUGGACAUCAAAGCGGGAGGUUUCUGGGCAAGAGGAGUUACGGCAUUUUUUGAUGUUAGAGUUACGCACGUCAACUCCAAGUGUUACCAGAGCAAGCCAACAUCGGAAGUGUUCAAAGAGCAAGAAGAGAAGAAGCGCAGUACCAGCAGCGGGUGUUAGAUGUAGAAAUGGGUUCGUUUACGCCUUUAGUGUUUGGAACCAAUGGCGGAAUGGGAAACGAGUGUCAGCGGUUCUUAAAGCAUCUCGCAGACAAGAUAGCUCAGAAAGACACCGAGCCUUAUCAUGUUGUAAUCACUUGGCUCAGGACACAGCUCUCGUUUGAACUGUUAAGAUCGGUACAUGCAUGCGUCAGAGGUUCGCGAACGUCGUUUCGUAGCAAGAUAGAGCAAUCAUUAGACUGUAAAAUAAAUGUCGCUAGUGCGGAUAUCUGAAAUACGUGUCUAUAUGCUUUUAUACUUAGGGCUUUUUAUGGACACUGGUUUAGUCGUCAUUAGUAUAAUUCGAUUGUAUGAUCUCGAUAUCUCUGCAUAAUGGAAUUCUUAAUUUUAUAGAAUUUUGAACUUUUAUUAUUGAUUAUAUCUAUUUCCUCUUCUUUUAUGUAAGGUUAAGUUACUUCUAUUUUUUUGGAAUUUGUAAAUGAAUAGCUUUCUCUUUCUUCACUUAUUAUAUAUAGGAUUGUUUUUGUUCUCUAAUGAAGGAAUUGUAGAUAGUGUUUUGAUGAAUUGAUUAGAUUUUUUGUGACAGCAGGUUGAUUGUAAAUAGGAUUUUAAUUGAGGUUUUGUAAUAAAGAUUUUACCAAUUUUAUUAUUAUUAUUAUUAUUAUUAUUGUUGUUGUUAUUGUUAUUAUUAUUAUUAUUAUUAUUAUUAUUAUUAUUAUUAUCUCUAUUAUCACAGUCUUUGCUGGUGUUCUUUUUGUGCAUCAGCGGGGCGCAAACCAUGCACCUAGAGCGUCAGUCACUCAAGUCAAUCAUUCUUUUCAUACACUGAGCUCCUUUCUGAGGAGUCGUGCAGAUCCCAGCAUGCAGAUCUUUUGAAUCUCUGUCAUAUUAGCUCUUUCUGAUACUUUCUUGAUGUUUUCUACCAUACCCUUCUUCACUGUACCAAGCGCACCAACAACCACAGGGAUCACUACGGUUUUCAUAUGCCACAUUCUCUGUAUGUCUAGUUCUAGGUCUUUGUACUUGCAUUUUUUUUCAGUUUCCUUCAGUGCGAUGUUUCUAUCUGAUGGAACAGUCAUAUCAAUAAGUUUGCAGGUGGAAUUCACUGAAUCUUUAACGAUGAUAUCUGGUCUGUUCGCUGUUAUAGUUCUAUCAGUAUUGACUGGCAUGUCCCACAUGAUGGUGAUGUUGUUAUCUUUAUUGUGUAUCACGGUCUCUGGUUCGUGUUCGUACCAUUUGUCUGUAAUCUCUAUAUCAUGAUCUUUACAUAUGCUCCAAUGGAGAUAUGCUGCAGCAUUAUUGUGCCUGGAGAUGUACUCUGUUUUGGCUAAUACCUCACAUCCAGAUACAAUAUUAUUAUUAUUAUUAUUAUUAUUAUUAUUAUUAUUAUAUUAUUAUUAUUGAAAUGUAACACAGCUCAUGAUACAUUGAAGCUGGUUUCUUCAUAAGUUUCAGGAAGAAGGUGUAACAACAAGUUACCAAGGGAAGCCAAUAAACCCCUGUUUUGGUUUUCUCUUCUCUCCACCUCUCCAGCGCCCCAACAAUACACAUUCAUUUUAUAGAUCAGUCCCAUAGAAUUUUCCAUAUCAAUGAACUAUUAUUUAUUGGCUUCCACAGAAUAUGUACCUGAAGCAACUGUUGGUGCUCAAAGAGGGGGCCAGAAAAACACAAGUAAGAACCACUGUUAUUCUGCUAGUGACAACAUGGUCAGAGAAAGGCCGUUGAAAUCGCGUAAAUUAACAGCUAUCACAUAUAAACCUCCCGUUUGUCGCUUAUAAAAGUCUUACUUUAUUUCUCUAAAAGACUCUGAUCUUGGAGUUAUCUAUCACACACAGCGAGCUUACAUCGUAGUAAUGAAAGGACAAAAUUUGUUACGUCGUCUGUGUGUUGGGCCGUUGUUAUCGAUAGAUCUCAAGUAGUCGCUUUGGAGCGAGAAAUACGGAGGAAAAGUUUAAAUGGCCGCCCAGAGAGUGGUCGUGGUCGGUUAACCGCUGCCCAAUUAGGCCAACUGAAUGAGCACCGUUCUGUCGAGAGAGAGGAGGCGGAGUGAAGCCCUGGAUUUGACAACACCCAGGUUCUUUAUAAAAUUGGGGAAAAACCUUUUUUUGUAGUAGAAUAUGGAAACAGUUAGACUUGCUAGACUUUUUGAAUAAGGAUGAUAAACUGUAGGUCCCUUUCCACAAACCUUUGCUCAUUUAAAAUCUUCUUGGCGCUAAUGAAACCACACACAGUUCGUAAAGAGUAGGGAACUUAGAGCGCGGUGUUAUGAUCUAUCUCUAUCACCAUGUGAUUGGCCUUGCUGGAUAAGCUUCAAGUGCUUAUGAACGAAUGAGAUCACAACACACGUACAGCAAGAAGUUACUCUUUUAACUGGGUGCUGGACCUCCCGGUGCCCAGAUACCCAAGAACGAGAGGUUCGACCAUUUUAUUCAUUCUUUAUUGAAACUGUCGAAGUGGAAAGGUUGAACUAAACUACGAUUUCUUGCUACCUGACAUCAGUCACAAUAGUAGUACAUAAAAAUUAUUAGAGAAUGGACAUUACUUGAAUCUAAUAAAAGAAAUUGAAAACAUUUCAUUUAAUUGUUUUUCAUUACUGAAAAAAACGGCCUAAAACCGUUGGUUAUGAUUAUUUUCUUGCAGUGUACAUUGGCACCGGCGUAGCUGCAGGGAUCGUAAUAAUCAUUGUUGCUCUUGUGCUGGCCUACUUUAUUAUGGCGAGGAAAAAGUAAGUCUAUAACUCCAGUCCCAGCUCACAACAUUAGCUUUCAAAAUAGGAAUCUUAUCCCGACUAUGCGGGUUACCUCUCCUUAAAACUAUUUAACCCGCGGGCUGAGAAAGUUACCCUGUCGGGCAAAUGGGGUAACCCGCCUGUACGGGUCGCUCUGAUUUAUCAUAUAAACGUGAUCAAAUUAAAAUGAGAGGUUGUAUUGACAAGCGGGUUACCCCACCUAAGCGGGUUACCUCACCGUACUGGGAUGCCCCACCGCUCAUUAAACAGAUCCUUAGUAACAGAUGUGAAGCUGCACUUUCUUUCUUUAACUCCUGGCCUCCUAAUUUUGAUGUUUCAAUAUCCUCCUACCUCGAAACGGUUGGCAACUUCGUUUCAUUGUAACUUCAUUAAAUUUUGCUGUACGCAUCCUCGGACGAUUUCACGAAUUUUAAUUUCACGCCUUUUUUUGUUUUGUUAAAUUGUCAUUUAGAUGGAAAAAAUCGUGACCGUGGAGAUGCUUAGUAGAGAUUUUGUUUGUUGUCUUGUUGUUUUGAUCGAUCGCCGUAUCAAAUAGCAUAAAGCGAAACGCUCUAAUUCAGUUUGUUUGAACUUGGACUUUUGUUUUGUUUUCUUUGUUCGUUUUUGUUGUCAUUCAUUUUUUUUUUUUCGAAGAUGUGGGAUGCAUAUUUACACUGUUGCUAACUCAAUGCUUUUGAUUUUUUUGAUGUAUAGAAGAAGGAGAGACGAACUGGAAAGUAUGCCUAAAGGGGUUGGGAACCCUGUGUUCGACACUGACGAUGGACAACAACCUCUAGAAGAUGUAAAUUAAAUAUAAAAUUAACAAUAGAAUGAUUUGAUGUAAAACUUAAAAUUUAUUUUGUAACUUAGGGUGCGUUUUUGGGAAAAUCCUAAAUAUUUUGAAACCAAAUACGAAUUUUACGUUCAUUAAAAAAAAAUCCAAAUUAAGAAUUCAAGUUGACGUAAUCCACAAAAACAGGAGUAUUGGCUCCUGACAAACGCAAUGCAUUCAUAAAAUCCAAUACAAAAUACGAUUCAGGAUUUGGGAUUAGCGUUUCUUUCAGUACGAAUCUGGCAUGCUUUUUAUAUGAAAUAAAACAAUGGGAUGCAAUAAGUGGCUGUGAGUGGGAUGUAGACGACACUAGAGACCAACGCUAGUCUUUGUGAGAAAAAAUGCCUUUUAAACUAUACCGGUGCGCUCGCCGAGGUUCCUAAAACGGAGCAGUAUAGGAUUUUAGAUAACUAAUUACUUGCCCCUCCGCUAAAUCAACAUUUUGCACAUUACUGCUGCUGCCGAGUUGGGAGAGGGGUAGGGUGAAAAUGAAAAUAUUAAGUCCGCCUCGUUCUAUAGCCUGUUCGGGCAAAUAUUGCCGUCACUCGGAUUUUUCGUCUAUUUCUAUGUAACAAAUUCAAAGCAUUUGAGGUCAAGAUUCGGGCCUUAAAGAAUAACAGCCUAAGAUGAUACGAGCGCGAUAUAUGUGCAAAUGUCCAAUUUAUUGCAGAGAUGCAUAAGUGUGUAGGUGUCAAUGCUAUUACUAGGUAGCCUGCGUUGAAGCCGGCCCACGCACUCGUCCAAACCAUUUGUGAAGGUUAAGAGCGUCUGAGGUGCAGGAAAGGCUAUUAGGCGGUAAAAAAUACAUUUCCAAUGGUAUACUCCAAUAUACUGCUUUGUUUUGUUUUGUUUUGUUAUGUUGUUUUGAACUUUGAUCACAAAAUAACAUUAAACGCUGGUUAAAGAGAAAUGUUAAGUAGGCUCCUUUGAAUGGCGCGCAAAACUGCACUUAAAGUAAAGCAGAGGCAAAGAUAAUACUUCAUCUUUCUAAUAUGUUUAAUGAUUCAUAUCUUUUUUUUUUCUUUUUACUUUACGCUAUAGACACUAGCCCUAGAAAAGUUGAUGUGUUAUUGAUUUCUUAAGUUUGUUCCUAACACUGCUUUCCUUUGCUACCAGUUCUUCAUGAGUGAUGUUGACACGAAUAUGUUCGCAACAGAUGACAACUUUAGAAUAGUGGUAAGCGGUCACAUGAGCAAAGCUAGUGUAAUCUUUGAAAUAUGGCUAUUUAUAUUUUUCGAUUUUUGAUUAUAUUUUCUUUAUACGCCUAGAACGAUGAUAAGGAUAAAAGUUUUACUGGGAGUUGAUGUGUUGAAUCAGAUUCAUCUUUUAGAGAGCGGCAGGUUAAAUUGUUUUCUCUCGUUUCGGUUUGUUAUAGACUAACAAGCCUGGAGCAAUCUCUAUGGAUAAUCCACUCUACCUGUCGGAUCCGUACCAAGACGAAGUAGAAUGCUGACAGCAUGAAAGAGUUUUAAUCCUUGUCCUCGCUUCAAUCCUUUUUAGUUAAACAAGAAAAUUUUUGCAUCUAUGCUGAGCUGAUUUUAGCUAGACAAAAACCUUUCUUAAGUUUUAUUAAUGACAAGUUGUGAACCUGUAAUUAGUUAUAUUAAAAUAUUUUGAUCUGCAAAGUAACGAAUUACAACGCAAUCACAAAUUACAGACCAGGGUAUGUGAUUAAAUUAUUCUCAGUAAUGCCACAAUAGCUUUUUUCUUUGAGAAAAAAUUGUACCUGAAAAAUAGUCAUAGUUUUCGAGUUUUACUGUUCAACAGUAUCACUGUUCAAAUUUUAGAACCAACGUUAAAAUAUUGCAUUUAAACACAGCUUGGCCAGCAUGUCUCGGAAUUUGAGUGUAUUCUAUUACUUCAGUUAGGCUGCUUCGAUUUGCUUGUAGUUGUUUUAAAAUGACUGUCUAUAUAGUUUCAAAUCAAUAUCGAUUUAUAUUGUCAAUAAACAGCUUUUAGUUUAAGUGUUUUGGUAUUAAAGAGAC